GAAAAGUGCCUUUCAUGCUGACGCUCACUGGUCCUUGACAUGCCACAUUUGUCAGUCAACGGAGUGACCUCUACGAUACUCCACAACUUCUACCCAAAGACUUUCGAGGUGUUUUGCACUUACGACGGAAAAGUCAGAAGGAACGAUGUAUGGGGCAACAUCCAUUGCUUCACUUUUUGUCGGCUUUUCUUUCUUUUUUGGACAUCAUGACCGGGGAUAUAAGCACCGUGGCCCAGAAUGUUAACUCCCACUUCACCCUUUCCCUACAUCUUAUAGACCCUCAUAGAACUAGAAGUCCCUCCUUAUAAUGAUGCCUAAAUUUGCCGCAUAUUCUACACUCAUCUUCUUCCUACUUGCCGGGGCAAAUGCUCAUAUGCGAAUGGCCAAUCCCCCUCCCCGGGGAAGCGUGGAUCCUCCAGUGGGACCUCCCGAUUAUGAUCUUGCGUCUCCUUUGGGCGGUGAGAGGUCAUUUCCCUGUGGAGGAAAGCCCGUUGGGAAUAGUGUUAUGAACAUUCAGGCGGGCUCCACAAUCCCGGUGUCCAUUGUUGGAGGUGCUCCGCAUAAUGGAGGUCACUGCCAGUUUGCCCUCUCGACCGACGGACAGAACUUUGUUGUUAUCAAGGACGUCAUCCGCGAAUGUCUUGCCAACGGUGCCAGCACAUUCGAUGUGCAGAUUCCGUCCAGCUUUCCUUCAGGGAAGACCAUCUUUGCCUGGGCAUGGAUUAACGCCGUCGGAAAUCGAGAGUAUUACAUGAAUUGCGCCGAUGUUACAAUCCAGGGUGGUGGCAGCGGAUUUACAGGACCUCAGCUGUUUGUCGCAGAUCUUCCGGGAACGCCGACCAUUCCGGAAAUGGUGCCUGGGGAUCUAAACGAUGGUAGACAAUUUUUCAGCCAGCGCAAGCAGAUCACUGUUGGGCCAGGAAAUGGUGGUUCGUCACAACCCCAACAACCUGAACAGUCUCUACCCACUCAACCACCAACACAGACCCAGGACACACCCCGGCCGAGUCCCAGCCCAUUUCAACGUCGACCAAACCCUCGGCCCAUCUACCAAAAACCUUCUUCUCGACCCUCCUCAUCCUUCGCCUCUGACGAUCCUUGCGACGGCAACUCUCCAGACGCUCCUUUCAUGGUCUGCUCUGGAACUGGAUUCUACAUGUGCAAUCCCGGUCAACCCAUUUUCAAACCUGCUUACAUGGAUUGCGCCCCUGGUACUGCAUGCCAACCAUUUGGCAAAUUCAUUCAAUGUCUCCAAGCUUAGAUAUGUGCAAUAAUGUCUUUGGUUGUGCAAGUGAACGCUGGCUCGUCACUUUGGUAGAUGCUUAGAUAAAAACUGUUUGACGAUCUAUUUUUGUAAAAGGGUUGUUUUCCUCUAGCAA